AGCCAGCCAGGCAGCCAGCACUUAGGCAAAUUGCUGUCGCCCGGGCCAGACCCAAAACAGCAGCAAAACGAUGCAGAACGUUGAGGAAAACAAACUCCAAUUGGACACCCACACGGCUGUGGCGUAUCACUGGCGUGUGUGGCAGCUAACGGGACUCAUCCGACCGUCUGGCAUCCCUAAACGUCUCUACAGAAGCUACUCGAUUGGCCUCAAUCUUCUCGUGACGCUGCUCUUUCCGCUGAGCCUGCUGGCGCGGCUUAUACUCACGCGCAGCAUGAAGGAAAUGUGCGAGAAUCUGACCAUAACCAUCACGGACAUGGCGGCCAAUCUGAAGUUUGGCAACGUCUACCUCGUGCGGCAUCACCUGCGGGAGAUACGCACGCUGAUCCAGCAGCUGGACAGGCGAGCGCAGGUGAUCGGCGAUCGCGAGGAGCUGCGCGCGCUCGACUGGGCUGUGACGACUGCGCGGAAUACGUUCCGCACCUUUGCCUGGAUCUUCGUGUGCGGCACCACGCUCAGCUGCGUUCGUGUGGCGCUCGCACGCAGCCGCCAGCUGCUGUACCCCGCCUGGUUUGGCAUCGACUGGCGCAGCUCGGACGAGGCAUAUGUGGGCAUCUAUGCGUACCAGUUGUUCGCUCUGAUCGUGCAGGCUGUGCAGAAUUGCGCCAAUGAUUCGUAUCCGCCGGCCUACCUCUGCCUGCUGACGGGCCACAUGCGGGCCCUCGAGCUGCGGGUGGGACGAAUCGGCCGCGGCUGCGACUGCGACUGCCUCAACGAUCGUCAGAGCUACGCUCAGCUGCUGGGCUGCAUCCAGGAUCUAACGCUCAUCCACCGCAUGCACACCAUCAUCCAGGAGAUACUCUCGGUGCCCUGCAUGGCGCAGUUUGCCUGCUCCGUGGCCGUUCAGUGCACGGUGGCGAUGCACUUUCUGUAUGUGGCCGACGCCGACGAUCGUCUGGCCAUGAUCCUGUCGGUCAUCUUCUUUGUGGCCGUCACCCUGGAGGUGUUUGUCAUUUGCUACUUCGGUGAUCAAAUGCGCACGCAGAGCGAAGCCCUCUGCCAUGCCUUUUACGCCUGCAACUGGGUCGAGCAGCAGCUGCCGCGCUUCAGGCGCGAUCUUCUCUUCACCCUGGCACGCGCACAACGACCAUCGUUGAUACUCGCCGGCAGCUACAUUCCGCUCACACUGGAGACCUUCAAGGAGGUACGUACUGCCCCUUCCCUGCCUUUUGGCGGUGUCUCUGAUUCCCGGUCCCGGUCACUGAAGUUUUCGCAUCUCAAAGGUCAUGCAUUUCGCCUACUCCGCCUUUACGCUGCUGCUGAGAGCCAAGUGAGGAGGAUGUGCACCAACCAAGAAACGGAGGGGCUAAAAGAGAAGAGAGCACAAAUAUGUAGUCACUCGUGCACCAUUUGUAUUCUCUAUGCAUCAUUUUAUUUAUUUAUUUACCUACAAACGUCUUCACCGCAGGGGGGAUCGCUAUCCCUUUCUAGCGCUUGUCUUUUUGAGCGUGGUGAAUAAGUUGUCCCCACAGCGGAGGACAACGGCACCCAUGGUGAAAUUACUAAUAAGGUGACGUCG